UGCUGGGACGCCAGGGGGCGUCCGUUGAGGGGGGGGCACUGUCAUGUCCCUGAGCAGAGGUGAGUUCCAUCAUCUCCUCUCACCAGAACCUGAGUUCAUUCUCCGCAGGUGGGGAGCAGAGGGAACUACAGCUGCAGACGAUUCCCUAAUCAGGAACGCAGGUUUAAAAGGAGGACGGAGACACUUCAUUUCGCCGGAUGAUUGUACCAGUUCAGGAUCACCUCAUCAUCAUCUCACCCUCGCUGUCUCCAAUUCUGGAUUAUUCUACACGUCCCGUCCUCCUCCGACGUUCCGGCUCGGAUUUCCCUCUGCUGCCUCACUCUACGACAUCUCUCAUCCUCUGCUCAGCGUCCUUCCCGGCUACACUUCCUCUCAGCACCGACACCUCAAAGACUCGAGCCGUCUUGGCUCCUCAGCACAGGACUUCCCUGAGAUCUUCAAACCAAAGAAGGGGAAAUUUUCAGUAGGGGAAAUGGUUCAGUUUCUCCCAAAGACUCUUAUGUGCAUAAACAUGCAUGGUCUAUGUGUGGAUGAGUUUGAAAUGAUGCCUAAGAGGCUUGCAUUUGGUUAUACUCAAGGAUUCUACACAAGAAGAAUGCAAACAGACCGUCAAAUGAAAUGGAGCCAAAAUGAAGAGCACAAUGACGACGUUGCAUCCUAA